AUUAUAGUUAUACAGUGUUGUAACUUCCAUUUAGUCUCCUGGUCCUCGUGGCUUAUUUGUGUGCUAGGUACUUGCCAAUCUUUGUAGCGUAUGUUUCAUGCUGUGUUAAAGGAUAGCUGUUCAAUGUGAGUUUUUCCUGAUAGUUUUCGCUCUUGCCCUGCGGCCGCUAAGAUGAAGCUUGCUCGUAAUUACACACGUCGCGCGAGCGGUCUCCUGUGCGGCCGUCACCAUCUGGCGUUGCUCCAACGUUUACUUCUGAGGGAGAGACAAACUACAGGUAGCCAGCGACCCAACGGAGGCAACUAUCUUCACAUGUUGGCACAACGAAGCUUCGCCUCCUCAUCUUCCUCCGUGCCUCCUCCGCCUUAUUCUUUCAACGCAGAGCAGCUACAACCUCCUGAUUUGAACCAUGUAGUUGACCAUACAACUGGAGUUGGAGACCAACAUGGAAAUGGAAUGGACGCCUAUUCCCGCACUGUUUGCCGCGUAGUCGAGACGGUCGGUCCGUCAGUGGUGGCUAUCGGUGCACGCCACGCAGAUCAAAGAGCCGGUCAAGGGAGUGGCUUCGUGUUCUCGAAGGAAGGCCUCAUUCUGACGAACCACCACGUUAUUAAGGACGCGAACGAACUCUUCGUCACAUUCACUCUAUGCUUUCGUCACAUUCACUCACUAUGCAAGAACUCUUCGUGACAUUCCCUCUUUUAUGCAAUUGCAAUGAGACGACGAUGCUGUUCUUGCAUAAAUUCUUGUACUAGAAGUACUUAGUUCCUGGAGAUGUAGUUUCGCUACACGUACACUCAUGUAGGAGUAUUUCGUGAUGGGAGUCGGUCCGGUGGUCGUACUACAACUAGCAAUGUUCUUUAUCAUGUCCUCUCGAUAAGAUCUUCGAAUAUUCAUUCUUUCAGCCUUUCUUAGUAGACUCAACACUUCCUCUUUCCAAAUAAACAUAACUAUUUUUACCUCUAGGGGACGUCGACGUCGAGACUUAUAAUACUUUCUUUCCCUUCCUCCACGGGCACCACCUUUUUCAUUUGCUACGGAUGAGAGCUACAAAUGUGACGUAGUAGGGUCUGACCCAAGCACUGACGUCGCAUUAUUGCGGAUAUCCAAAACGAAUGUAAGAAACCUCCCAGGUGAGCCCCUUCGAAUGCUUGGGCAAGACAGGAGGAAUAACAACACUAGUACUAGGACGGAGACCACUAGUCCUUCUAUUAAGGCUCAACUUUCAACGGUCACCAUUGAGAUUGGGGUCACUGAGAUCGAAGAGGCGGCCUUCCCUUGAGAGUAGAACAGCGGAAGUAAACGAAGGGAAAGGGGAGAGCUUUGAACCUGCGGGUCUCUUCCGUUCAGAGUCAGUGACCAAUGAAUGCUGCGCUUUAAUUCUACCAAAAAUACAUCAUCGACAACGACUACAUCUUCAACAACAGCAAGCUCAUCAUCAAACUCCCCAUCUUCUCCUUCGACUGCUUCGUCUAUUUCUGAUGGAGUUCGCGUGGGGCAACUAGCGAUAGCAAUCGGAAACCCCUUGGGAUUUGCUUAAGGCUUCUCUGUGGUCCAACAAGAACACAUAAAGAUCAUCACUUUAUAUCUAUUUAUUUUAGAUGCAUCUCGUCGGAGGACCUCAAGCUCUGUCUAUUAAAAAGGGGAAAAAAACGGGUGAGAGCUACAAACUUGUUAACGGAGGACCACUCAAGAAGAUAGUGGAUUCCGGGAAGCAGGUCUAAGUUGCUGCAUCCGUUUCCGCGGGUGUCAUAUCUGCUUUAGGGCGAAGCUUACGCUCGCAAUCUGGCCGCUUAAUCGAUAAUGUCAUUCAGACCGACGUGGCAAUCAACCCAGGUAACUCAGGUGGCCCACUAGUGAACUCAAGCGGCGAAGUGUUGGGAAUGAAUACGGCGAUUAUUCAGGUAAUCCAGGUAAAUAUCAUGCACUUGCUUCAUGGACUAGAAAGAGGGUUAUUAGCGAUUUCUGCAGCUGCAUCGUAGGUUUGUAGUCUACUACAAACAUCAACACUAUCAUCUUUGCGAAUCGCAGCCAGAAGAGCUCUCGAGAAAUAUAUGCAUGGACACCAAGAUGUCUCUUCCAUUUUUGUAACGGAAAAACACCCCCUUAUAAAAUACCUGUACUAGAUACCCCUGGAAAUCCUCGUGCUCGUUAUAAAGUACAAUUGAAUAAGUACUGAAAAAAGUCUGCUGGUCUCUUUGUUAAACACCGUCUAGUCCAUCCAUUAUUAUUAAUUCUCAACUUGUGAUGUUGAUGUUCAAGAAUGAACGUCUUCAUUCUCAAGCUAUGUUCCUGUCUUUGUUCUCAACUUGUUGAUGAACUAAAUUCAAAUUCUUAUUCUUUCUCCACCAUCAGGGUGCUCAAGGCAUUGCAUUUGCAGUUCCCUCUAGCACGAUUCUAUGGGUCGUUUCCCAGCUUUUGACACGUGGGAGGGUCGUUCGUGGGUAUCUCGGUGUCGCCGGCUUUGGUCGCCCAGUGGAUCCGAGGUUGCAACGACGUCUGAAGCUCAAAACUGCCACAAUCUUUCAAGUUGCUGGCGUAGAUUUACGGGACAUACUUAAUGGAGUAUAAAAGUAGGUAUUAGUGCCUCAGGUAGUACCUAAGGUAGAACAUGCAUGGAGUAUGUAAAAGUAGGUACUAGAGCAUCAAGAUCCUUAAUAUGAUCUUGCGUGAGGUGCUGGCAUGCAACUCCCAACUUAUAGAUACUAGCUUGGGGCGCCUGAUAACAACCCCUCGCGCUAGGAUUCUCCUCCCGCCGAAGUAACCCAGGGAACAGGCAGGCAAUUCUUUAGCUUUAAACAGUUUCGCUGCGAUUCAAUUGCUUGGAUUUGAAUCCCUCAAAUUUCGAAGCCUUCCGCAUUAUUUUGCCGCUUUGGGACGGAUUAAAUUCGCUGGAUUUGAAUUUCUCCAAUUCCAAAAUUUUCGGCUUUAAGCCUUUCUUCUGAGAUUCAACCUCCUGGCAUGGCAAUUUCUCAAAUUUCGAAGCUUUCUCUAUUAUUUUGCCCCUUUGGGAUUCACUUCGUUGGGCUUGGGUUUCUCAAAUCCAAAAACCUUUGAGAUUUUAGGCCUUAUCUCUGAGAUUCAAUGCUCUGGAUUUGAAUUUCUCCAAUUUCCAACUUUCAGCAUUUUUCUGAGUUUCAAUUUCCUGGCGUUGAAUUUCUCAAACUUCGAAGCUUUCGGAUUGAAUUCGUGGGAUUUGGGUAUCUCAAUUCCCAAAAUUUUUGAUUUUAAGCAUUUUUUCGGAAAUUCAAUCCCGGACUUCAAUUUCUAAAAGUUCGAAGCUUUCCGCAUUAUUUCUCGCUUUGGGAUUGAAUUCGCCGGAUUUGAAUUUCUCAAAUCCCAAAAUUUUUGAUUUUAAGCAUUUUUUCUGAAAUUCAAUUUGCUGUAUUUGAAUUUCUCAAAUUUCGAAGCUUUCCACGUUAUUUUGUUGCUUUUGGGUUAAAUUCGCUGGGUUUGAGUUUCUCACUCAAAUCCCAAAAUUUUUGAUUUUGGGCAUAUUUGCUGGAUCAUGAGUUCCUGGGCUCAUGAGUUCAGAAGUUCAUAAGUUCAUGGGUUUGGUGGUUUUUGUGUCGGGGAUUGAGGGUUUGGGGGUUGGAUGUUGAGGGCUUCGGAGGUUGUGGGCUUGGGUGUUGGGGGUUGAGGCUUCGGAGGGGCAGUGUUUGCUGGAUUUUGUUGCUCUUAAUAUUAAUCAUGGGAGAAUCUUCUUCCUACAUACUUUACUGAUCAACAGAGACUGCUGCUAAUAGAUCCUAACGGCCCUGCAGCUAAGGCUGGCGUCGGAGCCGGCGACUUCGUUGUCGCAGUAGAUGGAGAGCCAGUUGGGAACAUCGACGACUUGUUCCGCAUCAUCUCAACCGCUCCACAUUAUGUAGACGAAGCAGAAGCCCUCUACCUCUAGUUACUUUUGAAUUUCUACUUUUAAUUUUCUACUUUUGAUUUUCUACUUUUGAUUUUGUUCUACUUUUGAUUUAUCUCUUGUUGAGUAUAUUAAAUAAUGCCGCAUACCAUAGAUACUAUGCGGAUAAAGCGGCAGGAGUAGAUCAUAGUUUUCGUUUGCUCUAAGCACGAGGAAAAGCGGUCUCGCUCAUGCUCAUUCGCGGAACUGAGGUAUUGCGGAAGGAGGUUCUGGUAGACUAUUCCAAAGACGCCUCUUCUCCAAAGACGCCUCUACUACUUCUUCCGGGUUCAUCCAGUCUUCACGGAGGUGGAGGUGGCGGACCAUUUGGCAAACCUGGUGCGAGUCCUACUUCUUCAUCUCAAUCUCAAGAUGGUUCACCUCAAUCUUCACCUCAAACAGGAAACGGCCUUUGGAAUGAGUCCCCGUUUCCAUGGUAGAUGACUCGUGAUUGAUGAAGAAACAGAACAUUUUUAGAAGUUCCAUGAACAUUUCUUUGUCAAGUAAAAGGGUACAACAUUCCUACUCCUAGUACUAAACUAAAGACAUCGACGUCUAUUGAUGCUUCUACCUAUUCCAUUUAAGUACAUUAUAUUAAAUAUUUCAAAAACCUAAACCAACGCCAGCUGGUGCAGUCACGAGAGAUGAAGGGUCGCGGAGAGGGUAGGGGGAUUUGAAGAUGACACUUCAACAUCUUGGGGUUGACGAAAUUCGAACUUGAAGUAAGUAGAUGCAUCCAUGAAACACGAAUACUGGAACCACGAGUUCUAGCGAGAAAAGCAAAAUUUAGAUGUAGAUGUUAGCCCCUUCACCUGUAGUUUUUCAAAUUUGCAUUUCUCAAUGGACUUUUCUAUCAUCCACUUUCCCAGAUUCGAGACUUUCCCUAAAACCCCAGGCCCCAUUACGCAACAGCAAUUGCAGCAGAUAACAUAUUAUAAAAAUCACACUUUGAUGAUCUUGAUCAUAUUACUAGAAAUAUCGACAAGCUUUUAUUCCUCCGUCAGGACUGCAACUAGUAGUAGACAUAUUAUUACGAAGAUCCAACUCGCGUUGGCGUUCCCGCUUGCGCCCAGAGGAACCUCUCCCACAGUGGUGUUGGCCCAAAACAUCGUUUACGGCGGUGUUGACAUGCGU